CUUCCGUCACGUUUUUUCUUCUCUUCCCCUUCAGAUCUUUUCUCUCAUGCUCUCACAGUAAACUAACCAAGGAUAAAUCGGUCUUUUGGUUAUCCUGUUCUGAAAUAAUAGAUAAUCAACAUCAUAAUAAUAAUACAUAGUAAUUAGUGUUGGAUCCGAGAAAUAGAGAAGAAGAUUUUUAAAAAAAUCAAUUUCCUUAUCCAUGCAAAUUCUCUGAUAGAUUUUUUGUGGAGAGAUUAUUAGGGCGUGUUUGGUUGUUUUUAGAAUCAAAGAGAAAAAUGGGGUUUUUAAGUACAAUACUAGGUUUCUGUGGAUUCGGUGUUGGAAUUUCCACGGGUCUCACCAUCGGGUACUACCUCUUCAUCUACUUCCAACCCUCCGAUGUUAAGGAUCAUGAGGUACGGCCAUUGGUAGAGCAUGACUCGGAAACUUUGCAACGAAUGCUUCCAGAAAUACCGCUAUGGGUGAAAAAUCCGGACCAUGAUCGCAUUGAUUGGCUGAACAGGUUUAUUCAAUUAAUGUGGCCUUACCUUGAUAAGGCCAUUUGUAAGACGGCGGAGAAUAUUGCAAAACCAAUAAUUGCCGAGCAGAUCCCAAAAUACAAAAUUGAUGCGGUUGAGUUUGAAACUCUUACACUAGGCACCUUACCGCCAACCUUUCAUGGAAUGAAAGUUUAUGUCACUGAUGAGAAGGAGUUGAUAAUGGAACCAUGCAUAAAAUGGGCUGGAAAUCCUAAUGUCACUGUUGCUGUUAAAGCGUUUGGGUUGAAAGCAACUGCUCAGGUGGUUGAUUUGCAAGUGUUUGCUUCACCACGCAUAACUUUGAAGCCUUUGGUCCCUAGCUUUCCUUGUUUUGCCAACAUCUGUGUGUCCCUCAUGGAGAAGCCACAUGUUGACUUUGGGCUCAAGCUCCUGGGGGCUGAUUUAAUGUCGAUACCUGGCCUCUAUAGGGUCGUCCAGGAGAUUAUUAAAGAUCAGGUUGCCAAUAUGUAUCUAUGGCCUAAAACCCUGGAAGUCCCCAUCUUAGAUCCUGCAAAAGCCAUGAAGAGGCCUGUAGGAAUUCUCAGUGUAAAGGUUCUGAGAGCAAUGAAGCUGAAGAAGAAAGAUCUGAUGGGAGCAUCAGACCCCUAUGUGAAAGUCAAGAUGACCGAAGAUAAGCUUCCAGCCAAAAAGACCACUGUGAAGCACAAGAACUUGAACCCUGAAUGGAAUGAGGAAUUCAAUAUAGUUGUUAAAGAUCCAGAAUCUCAGGCUCUAGAAUUACGUGUUUAUGAUUGGGAGCAGGUUGGCAAACAUGACAAGAUGGGUAUGAAUGUAGUGCCGCUGAAAGAACUUACCCCAGAGGAACCAAAAAAUAUGACGCUUGAGCUCCUGAAAAACAUGGACUUGAAUGAUCCUCAAAAUGAAAAGUCACGUGGGCAACUUGUGGUUGAAUUGACAUAUCAACCAUUCAAAGAGGAUGAUGUAAACCUAAGUUUUAAAGAGCAGGUGGAACAGAAGGCUCCUGAAGGAACCCCUGCUGGUGGAGGGCUGCUUAUUGUUAUAGUUCACGAAGCUCAGGAUGUUGAAGGAAAGCACCACACUAAUCCAUAUGUGCGACUUCUUUUUAGAGGGGAGGAGAAAAGGACUAAGCACGUGAAGAAGAAUAGAGAUCCAAGAUGGGAGGAUGAAUUCCAUUAUACGCUGGACAAGCCUCCUAGUAAUGAGAAGCUACACGUGGAAGUCAUCAGCACCUCGUCUGGGAUUGGCCUGCUGCAUCCAAAGGAAUCACUUGGUUACGUGGAUAUCAAUCUCACAGAUGUUGUUAAUAACAGAAGAACCAACGGAAAGUAUCACCUUAUAGACUCGAAGAAUGGACAGAUUCAAAUAGAGUUGCAGUGGAGACCAGCUUCAUAAGCCUGUUGAUUGUACUCUCUCUCGCUCUCUCUCUCUCUCCCCCCCUCUCCCAAGCCUUGAGACUGCGUUAAAUUUAGGAUAGUGUGUGAUAGGACGAAUGUGUUGUUUCAACAAAAUUCUCUACCUUGCUUCCCCCUUUUUUUUUUUUUUAAAAAAAGGUUUGUACGUGAAUUCAUUGCCAGUCAUUGGCAGAUUGGUGGUGUGUUUGAAAGCCCUGAAUUAUGUUUCUAGAAGAAAAUGAGAAGUGGAAAAAUGAUUUCAGGGUA